AUGUUAGAAUCUAAUAAUGAAUCGCAAAAUGAUUCCUCUUAUUUGAUUGUUGACUUUGAUAAUCUUAACUUUGAUUAUAAAUCUGUUUUUGUCAAUUUUUUGGGCACAAUCACCAAUGCUAUUGAUAACACAUUAAUUUCUCCUUGGAAUUAUGAUAUUAGCUCUGAUUCAGUAAAUAAAAACUCAGAUUUAUCCGAUAAUUUAGAACAAACUUGUAUAAAAAACUGUAUAAAUAAACUAUUAAAGGCAGAUUUAAUAAAUUUUAAUUUAAUCGAAGAAUCUUUGUCAGCUUUAAACUCAGUUUUAUCAUCUGAAAGUAGUAAAUUGAACCCAAAAUUAAACUCAUUUUGUAAAGUAUUUAAUGGGUCAACUUUAUAUUAUUUAAAUGCCAAAGAUGGCAAAAUCUCUAUAAAUGAACUUAGAACUAAUGAUAAUACAACUUUAGAAAAUUUAAAUCAAUUAUUGUACCAAUUCCUGUUACUUGGUUUACACACUUUCCCACCAAGUUCUCUUCUAAAUGUUGGCAAAAAUUUGGCCAAUUUAACUUAUUUUAGUGAUUAUUAUGUUAGUUCAAUUGGUUUAAAAGAUUUUAAUAAUUAUAGCAUUAUACUAAUCACUUCCUUUCCUGAAUCCACACUAAACUAUUUUACUAUUCACGGUAUGACUCAGGAUCAUUUAAACUCAAUUUCCAUAAUUAAUACAUUCGAAGAUAUUAAGAUUAAUCCCGAUAGUCUAUUGUAUGGCUCCAUUAAAAUAGUUUCUAACAAUAAACAUUUUGUCGAUAAUACAACACGGUAUUUGUUGGGAAUUCUAGGGGAAAAUUUAGAUGUAAAUAAAACUCAUGUAAAAAAGGGCUCUUCAGAAAGACCGUUAAAAGUGGAUUUGGAGAGCGCUUUGGAUGUUAAUACCUUAUCUGGAACUUUAGGCUGUUUCUUACUUUUAAAAAAUAGAGUUAAAAUAGUUGGUGAAGUGUUUAAAGGUUCGGGACGUGGUCUACCAUUACUUGGCAUCUCAACCGCUAAUCUUAAAUGCAAUUCAUUUCCACAUCUCAUUACAGGGGUAUACAUUGCAUAUGGAUAUAUAUAUGGCAGUAAAGAAGUAUCAGAAGAUACAUGUGUAAAUUCAAUAGUAUCUAUAGGAUUUAACCCUCAUUUCUACGGAGAAAACUACUCUGUAGAACCUUACUUUUAUCAUAAAUUUAAUGACUCUCUUUUGGGAUUAAAAGUACACUUGGAUAUUUACGGCUACUUAAGAACUGAUUCAAAAUACAACUCACUUGAAGACCUAGUUCAAGCAAUCCAAUCUGACUUACACUUAAAUAAACUCAUUUUAACCUCCAUCAAUAAUGUAUAA